AUGCCGCGUGGAGCUUUCAUAUUACAUCUCUUUUCCUUCAGUCUCCGACAUUCUUCCUACCCCGUUUUCUUCGCCUUGAAGAUGAUCUUCUGCACUGUUCUGCCCCUGCUAAUAUCCUCCGUCGCCGCCCUCGCUUUCCCGGGCGCAGAAGGCUUUGGGCGAAACGCUGUCGGCGGUCGUGGUGGCACUGUCUAUGUUGUUACAAACCUCAAUGAUAGCGGUGAAGGGUCUCUCCGCGAGGGCGUUUCCCAGAGCGACCGCACAGUCGUGUUCUCGCUAGGUGGGUUGAUCAAGAUUAAAGAGCGCAUGGUCGUGGCCAAACGCGUGUCUAUCCUUGGGCAAACAGCACCAGGCGAUGGUAUCACAGUUUACGGAAAUGGGUGGAGUUUCAGCAACGCCGACGAUGCAAUCGUCCGGUAUUUGCGCAUCAGAAUGGGAAAAGGAGGAGCUAGCGGAAAAGACGGUAUAACGAUCGCAGAGGGGAGCAACAUGAUUUUCGACCACGUCUCCGUCUCCUGGGGUCGCGACGAGACUUUUUCGAUCUCCGGCAACGACGUCGGCAACAUCACCAUUCAAAACAGUAUCAUCGGGCAGGGUCUGCAAACACACUCGUGUGGCGGGUUGAUGCAAACGAAUCUCGGGAAAGGUAUCAGUCUGUUUCGCAACUUAUACAUUGACAACAAGACGAGAAACCCGAAGGUCAAGGGUACCAAUGACUUCACCAAUAACGUGAUCUACAACUGGGGCGGGGGUGGAGGAUACAUCGCUGGAGAUUCGAGUGCAGCAAGCGAGGCGAAUAUCGUUGGGAAUUAUUUCAUCAGCGGCCCCAGUACCAGCGUCACGGCGUUUACGCGCGGGAAUGAGAACUUCAAGGGCUACGUUGAAGGCAACUUCUAUGACUCUAACCGCGAUGGCACGUUGGACGGAACGGAGCUAGGUGUGUCCUCCAGCAACUAUGGAGGGAUGGCUAUCCAGACAACCAAGUUUCCCUUCCCAGCGCCCGAAAAGACCCUAUCGGCGGAAGAUGCGCUGAAGCUCGCCGAAAGUUCUGUCGGUGCGAGUAAAGUGCGCGAUGCUGUUGACACGCGACUCAUUGAGGAAUUGAAGAGCUACGGGAAGACGGGUGAGCUGAUUAGUGACGAGAAUGCUAGCCCCAUGGCUGGGCCUGGAACUAUCGACGGUGGAAAGCAGUGGGCGGAUGCCAAUGGAAAUGGCAUACCUGACGACGUUGAGGAUCAGUUCUCGGAUGUGGAAGAGUGGGCUAAUAGUUUAGUACCAAGUGGUUACUAG